AUGGCUACCAAUAACUCUUUUCACCAUUUUAGCCAUGGACAUCACGACCUCGUUCUAGCAGUCGACUACAAUUUCUACGGUACGCGUAUGGUGACCGCGUCAUCAGACCAUCGAUUAAAGGUCUGGGACAGAAAGGACGAUGGAUGGACCGUGACCGACGUCUGGAAAGCGCACGAUGCCGAAGUUACAGACGUCAAAUGGAACGGACCCUUUGUGGGCGAAAUCAUAGGAAGCAUCGGAGAAGACGGUCUGUUACGGAUAUGGCAGGAGGAUGUGCUUGAAGCACCUCUGUCAGGACGUCGCUUCAAGAGGAUCUACCAGCAACCUUCGGCAACGCGAGUGCCGUACAUGUCUCUGGACUUCAAGAACAUUGGCACUGAAACGUAUUUGGCCGUCAUCUCUCGCGAUGGGCAGUUGACCGUAUGCGAACCGGUAGAUCACGACAACCUCUCAGAAUGGCAGAUAUUGUGGCAGGAUUAUCUAUGCAAGACUCCACAAAGGACAGAAGAGACAGGUUUCCGUCUAAGCUGGCAUCACGAGAAACUGCCUGCAUGGCCUGCCAUAAUGGCUGGACUCGAUCGGAAAAGUCUGUCGCUAGCUGUCUCAGUCAUGGAUACCGUCAAGGUCUUCCGCAGUGACAAAGAUCGCAAGUUUUACACAGCCGCCGAGCUCAAAGGAUCAGAUGCAUUGAUUCGAGAUGUCGCAUGGGCAAAUGGCUCAAUGCGUGGCUUCGACGUGAUCGCAACUGCCAGCAAAGAUGGCUACGUUCGAGUCUAUGAAGUGCACACACCCGGUAUCUCGGAGACAUCGGCGACCCAGUCUGUACAAGCCACAGAAGUCCCUUCUGGACUCAAAUCACCAACGUAUUCAAAGCCUAAUCAGUCUGGAAUUGGCGCUGGGCUCGCUGGAGGGCCACGCAGCGGAAGAAACGAGGAACAGGGACGUCCCGGCAGAGUCAAUCAGGAAGCGAGACUUGUGGGCGAGCUUGCUGCACACAGUGGUGCGGUGUGGAGGGUCGGGUUUUCACAGAUGGACCUACUAGUAUCUACUGGCGAUGAUGGACUUGUGCAGGUGUGGAAGAAAGCCAACAACGACCAAUGGAUGCAGUAUGCGGAAGUCGACGCAAUUGGCGACAAUUGA